GAGCGCCGCACCGGACCUGACCCUUGCCGGUUUCUGUGUUCCUCCGGCCUCGGGUUCCUGGAUUCCAAGCCUCCUGGAUCCCUGUCUCAGCCAGUAUCUGAAAUAUUCUCACGUGCUUUCAUUCUCUGUGCACAAGGAAUCUGAGGUCCAGGAGUAUCUGCAGCAAAGAUGUCUAAUGAGCCACCCCCUCCUUAUCCUGGAGGUCCUACAGCCCCGCUACUAGAGGAAAAAAGUGGAGCCCCACCUACCCCGGGCCGCACCUCCCCAGCAGUGAUGCAGCCGCCACCUGGAAUGCCACUGCCCUCUGCUGACAUUGCUCCCCCACCUUAUGAGCCACCUGGUCAUCCAGUGUCUCAGCCUGGUUUUGUGCCCCCUCACAUGAGUGCAGAUGGCGCCUAUAUGCCUGCAGGUUUUUACCCUCCUCCAGGCCCUCAUCCACCUAUGGGCUAUUAUCCACCAGGACCCUACCCACCAGGGCCUUAUCCUGGUGCUGGGGGCCACACGGCCACAGUCUUGGUCCCAUCAGGGGCAGCCACCACGGUGACAGUGCUACAGGGAGAGAUCUUUGAAGGUGCACCUGUGCAGACAGUGUGUCCCCACUGCCAGCAGGCGAUCACCACCAAGAUCUCCUAUGAGAUUGGCCUGAUGAACUUCGUGCUGGGUUUCUUCUGCUGCUUCAUGGGGUGUGAUCUGGGGUGCUGCUUGAUCCCCUGCCUCAUCAAUGACUUCAAGGAUGUGACGCACACGUGUCCCAGCUGCAAAGCCUACAUCUACACAUACAAGCGCUUGUGCUAACAGAGCUACACUUGGACUCCCCACCUAUCAGUCUGGCCCCAUGUGCUUUGCUCCCCAUGCUCAGUGGUCACUACCCUCCAGCUCUUAGUCAGGGUUGGAAGUUUUGCCACUGUCCCCUAAAAAUCCUGUCCUCACCUUGCCCUUCCCUGAGUAUCCUACUUCCAGCAAAAAUUCCGUUGGAUUUAAGGCCAAGGGCCAGUGGGUGGCAUGGGGUGAAACUGACCUUGUGUGAUGCUUGGGCAUUUGCAAUCCAGAAGAUAAGCUGGAGAGGGUUUCUUACUGGGGUCCUCCCUCCUUUCUGUAUAAGGGUCCAGGCAUGGUCCUUAUUCUUUCUGGGACCAAAAGUGCCCAGAGCAUCAACAGGUCCUAGACUAGGGCCUACAGUGAGGGAGUGCCUGGAACCACAGUUGUGUCUGACCUGCUGGAAAUAGGUCAGAAGGAAUCCUCAUCUAGAGUUAAGUGGACCCAAGCAAGACUGGGUCUUAAGGCCUGAGUUUAUGUGGAGUAUAUUGUCUAGUCUGGGGUGCCAAAGGUGGAGUAAGAAAGAAAUAAUGACUGCCGACUCUGGGCCUCAGAACUCUCAGGUAUGGAAACCCAGGACUUCUACCCACUGUCCAGGAGGUAUCUAAGAGCUGCCUGGUAUAAGGCAAAGAGGACACUGGGCUAAAAGCCCUGGUAGCCAAGAAGAACUUGCCCCUUUUCUCACCCAGCUUCCUUUGAGUCAAUGUGCAGAUUUCCUUUCUGGCCACAUCUCUGUGAACCUCUGUAUUUUUGGGGGCCAGAAGGAAUUAAUGCCCAUGACCUUGACCUGUCUAUCUACUUUUGUAACUGUGCUAUAUAUGGGUGUAACUUCUGCCUGGUAACUUACUGACAGUGGCAGAUCAGAAGAGCCUCCUUGUAAGGUUCAUCGGUCUCUGAAAUAAGUGCCAGUCUUUUUGCCAUAGUUGACAUGCUUCCACAUUGGGGCACUUCAGUAGGGAGAACUGUGGCACUAGGUUGGGGACUAGGAAGAAGUCACAAGUAGUGGGGGUAUCCUAGGGACACGACUCUUGCCUAGCCAGGGUGUAAACCCAAACUGUCUCUAUUUCCUGAAUGGUCUGUGAAUAUGCCCAUGUGGACGCUGAGUCCUGCUGCUGUCCCUCUCCUGGUCUCACACCACUGCAUGGCCUCCUAUCACUGUGAACUUUGGCCUGGUCCCAGUUUAUAGUUUCAUUAAAUUGGCCCUUUCACUCUCUUGUCCUGGGCCGCCUCUGCUGUC